CCUUGAGGAACCUGGCCUCAGUAGGGAAGAAAUGGGAAGAUUAUGACAUUGAAGAUCAGUACAAAAAUCAGAGGAGAAAACCAAGGCGCUGCAGGUUCGAUCCCUGGUUGGGGAACUAAGAUCCCACAUGCUGCAUGGCGUGGCCAAAAAACAAAAGAAGUUAAACAGCAUGAGCUGUGGGUUUCCACUGAUGUCUUUCCAAGAUCCACAUCAGAGAUCCAUUAAAGUUUGGAUUUUUUGUGCCCACUUGCCAGUGACCUGCAUGAUUACACCUGUAGUCAAAGAGAGGAGGGUAAUGAAUUCUGAUAAUAAGAAUGACCGCAAGGUACACGUGAUUAUGAAGUGUAUCAUAAAAGGAUAAGAAGAAAAGAAGCAUGAUGGUCAAGACUUCACAGAGGAGGCAACGUGAUUGUAGAAACCAAUCCAAAGUUGGCUUAAGCACCUCCAUCCCUUUGAGAAUGUCGUACAUAUUCAAGAGGCUGGUUACUAGAAUCACAUCCUAUCCUGGCAAUGAGAUCAGAUGCCAUCAAUGGGAGGAAACCUUGGACAAGCCCCAGCAAGUGCUCUGGCAGAAGAGACUGCAUGGAUUCCAGGCCUUCAGUGGAACCAGAGAACCCUUAAGUACUUUGGAUCUUGCCAAAGCCUUGCAAAAACGUGCAACUAGUUGCACAGGUGAAUCUCUGCCAGGAGUUCUCACAGGUGGUCUGAACUCCAGCCCCAGGCCCACCCCUGCCCAGUCUUCAGAUUUGGCAGAGAUGAUUCCAGGAGCUGGUCUGGGUAUCUCACAGCUCCUCUGCAAACAAUUUCCGGUGACUGAGGAAGAUAUCAGGAAACAAAAAGUGAAGAUGGCAAGAGAGAGACUGAGGAUAGCAUUGAUUGCAGACAGGCUAGCUAUCAAGGCAGAAAAAGUGAGGGGCUAAGAAGGAUGUCCUGACAAACACUGUUAA